CUGCCUGAUCCCAACCUGCGACUGCUCAUCACCGACCUUGGCUUGUUCUCGACUACGCUUCUGCCUGAUCCCAACCUGAGACUGCUCAUCACCAACCUUGGCUUGUUCUCGACUACGCUUCUGCCUGAUCCCAACCUGCGACUGCUCAUCACCAACCUUGGCUUGUUCUCGACUACGCUUCUGCCUGAUCCCAACCUGCGACUGCUCAUUACCGACCUUGGCUUGUUCUCGACUACGCUUCUGCCUGAUCCCAACCUGCGACUGCUCAUUACCGACCUUGGCUUGUUUACUGACCACAAUUCCGUUUGAUCGUUACCUGCUUAAUACGCUACUGGACCUCCACUUGCUCACCUCCUGUUGGGCCUGAUCCCUGAUCGUGACAGGGACAUAGGAGUGGAGUCCUUGUCCACCACUGCUGAACCCCAAAACCCCCAGCUUGACCUACUAUG